AACAUCUCCAGGAAAUCCCGUCUUCCAGCAGCAAUGUGUCCACGAGCUUCACGUGGGACUGGGACUCCAGCAAGACCUCGGAGUUCCUCUCGGGCAUGGGAGUGUCCGUCCUCAAGAAGGACAAGCUGGGCAACGAAAACACCCCGCAGGAUCUGCUGGUGUCGCCCUGUCCUCCUCAGAAGCGGCAGAAGGUGAAGGAGAAGGAAAAGGACUUUGUCAUUGUGCGCAGGCCUCGGCUGCUUCGAGAGGCAGAGUCAGGUGUUUCUUGGGAUGCACUUCCGGAUGAAUUGCUAUUGGCAAUCUUUGCGUAUUUGCCCCUAAAUGACUUGCUAAAAGUUUCCUUGAUUUGCAAGAGAUGGCGUCGUCUCUCGUUUGAUGAAUCUCUCUGGCAGACUCUUGAUCUGACUGGCAGAAAUCUGCUGCCGGGAGUGAUUGGCCAGUUGUUGCCUGCAGGUGUUACUGUAUUCCGCUGCCCAAGAUCCUGUAUUGGGAAUCCGUUGUUUAAAACCAGCAAACCUCUCAGGGUUCAACAUAUGGAUUUGUCGAACUGUACGGUGUCUGUUGCAGAUCUGCAGAGUAUCCUUUGUCGAUGUGAGAGACUACAGAACCUCAGCCUGGAAGGGCUAGUGCUUUCUGAUGACAUCAUCAAGAGCAUUGCUCAGAAUCCCAGUUUAAUACGACUAAAUCUCUGUGGGUGCUCAGGGUUCUCUGCAGAAAGCCUGGAGUUGAUGUUGAGCAGCUGUUCUGAAUUGGAGGAGCUGAACUUGUCCUGGUGUGACUUCACAGCCGCCCACGUCAAAGCAGCAGUCAGUCAUGUUACUCCAAAAGUAACCCAACUAAAUUUAAGUGGAUACAGACAGAAUCUGCAGAUAUCAGAUGUUAAGACACUGGUGGAAAGAUGUCCUUCUCUUGUCCAUUUAGAUCUAAGUGACAGCGUGAUGUUGAAGCCUGAGUGCUUCCAAUAUUUUCAUCAACUCAUCUUCCUACAGCAUCUGUGUCUUAGCCGAUGUUACCAGAUAUCGCCUGCUGCCUUAGUAGAACUUGGUGAAAUUCCUUCAUUAAAGACUCUUCAGGUAUUUGGAAUAGUGACUGAUAACUCCCUGCAGAUUCUCAAGGAAGCACUUCCUGAUAUGAAGAUCAAUUGUUCACAUUUUACAGCUAUUGCAAGGCCAACUGUUGGCAGUAAAAAGAACCAUGAAAUUUGGGGCAUCAAAUGCAGAUUGACACUGAGAAAUCCUAGCAGUUUAUAAUCGUGUGCGAUUCACUGGAUGCUAUGGACAUGCUGGGUAUAGUGAGGCUCCCUGAGAAGGCAGUGCUGGAGGACCUUUAAUCCUUGGUCUUAUACCUUAAUGUAGUUUCAUAAAUAUUUUUACAGUAUUUUUUUACUUAAAGCUUUUAGAAUUCUGAUGUGAGUAAGCUGUAGAGACUUCUUUUUUUUUAAAGCCCCUUUUUUUAGGACAGCUUUUUAAAAUAUUUGUGAAAAUCAUAAUUAAAUUUUGUCAACCUCUGGAAACUGUUGCAGAUUGUGAUGCAGCUUUCUUUGCUCUAAGGUGUUCUAAAGGUGGUUUUGUUUAACUCUUCCAAAUCUGCUAUUCUUCAAAAGGCUCACAGAGUUGCUAGAUAUCUUAAUAAGGCUCGGUUUGGGUUUGCAGAGCUCAAACUGACUAAGGGUAUUAAACCUAUCCGAAUUCUUAAUUAAACAAGAUAUACAGUUAGAUGAUAGGCUACCUACUGUUUGUAAGGACAGAAGAGUCACCCUGGGCUCCAGAUGCUUCUGAAUUCACUGAACUUCACUGGAAACAAUAAGGGAGCAUGGGAAGGGAAAUCUACAUAAACACAGCUGUGAGGCAGCUGAGUACUGUACAAGUUUGAAGUAGUGUAAAGGAGCUACAGUAACACCUUUCUUUAGCAAGCCACAAAAGUAACUCCUAUUUUUAGAAUUCCUGGUUAGUAGCAGAAUGUAGAACGUGAUAGCCACCAUCUCUACUUUUACAGCUGUUUAUUAUAAAAUAGGUUUCAAUUGUUUCAUCAUUUCUUGCCAUAUUUUCUGACUAAACGUUACAGAAACUUCAUGUCGUUUCUUCUGGCUUCUGCAAGCUUCAGGAAGCCUGAAUUGGGAAAUGUUCUCUCUUCUCAGCUAAAACAUCAUACAAAAACUAUCAUUUUCUUUAAUGAAUAAGAUCUUAAAACAGUGAUCAGUGGAAUAGCAAAAAUAUUGCAGGAGGGAGUGCUCAUGUGGUUCUAGAUCUCAGACCAACAACAAAACCAUACCUGGGACUGUAGCAUAAAAGAGCAGUGAAAGGAAGAAACUCUUUGGUGCUAUUGAGGAACAAUGCUUUUUUUUAAAUAGCUUAAGUUUUUAGUAUCAUUCCACUUCUUGUAUCUGUAACACUAAUCAGCACUGUUGUAGCUUUUUUUUUUUUUUUUAAUUAGGGAGUCAGGUAUGGAAAGCUAAAUAAUUGUUCAAAAAAAAACCUAAGGAUAAGGAGAGGCAAUUACAUCAAAUAAAACUUUGAUCUGGCUCUAUCAUUGGUGUCCUCCUGAAUAAGCAAAUUUGUGGCAUUCUACCACACGCAGGCAUUAGCUUCCUGGCAUGAAACUUGCACCUUGUGGUCAUGAUGUACCAGUGACUGCAAACACACUGUCCUCAUUCCGAUGAGUGUAAUAGGCAGGUGGUAAAUUUAUUCAUGGAUAGUUGAGGUGAGCUGCAGCGAGAAUGUAGGAUUGUUAGACAGCUUGUAAUCCUUACAAAAGAGUUAUGGGCAAAUUACCCUGUGAAAGGUUGGAGUGGGGAAGCAGUAGGAAUUUGGAGGCUGUUGGAUACUCUACUACUUCACAAUUUGCAGUCUUAAUUCAUGGCAUGAAUCUGCUUACCAAGGAAAAAAACCCUUGAGCUGGCAGCACAGCACUGCUGUAAAUUCUUCUCCCUCAACACAAUGUAACCACAUGAGUCUCUUGUAUUUAAAUAAAGACCUACAAAGUUACUAUACUGUACCUGUAAUGACUGAGGGAUGGGACAACGUUUUGGUGAUUUGACACCAGCUUUGUGGCAUGUGUAAAGAAAAGCAGAAAUAUUUGUCCAAGCAAUGAAUAAACAAUGAUGGCUUAAAAAGAAAGGGUACCAUCACCAAUGCACUUAGUAUUUAAUAGACUGUACAUCGCUUUAAAAAAAUGCAGAACUGGGGCAGCGGUAUGGCUUUAGCUUUUGAACUUUUUCUGAAGUAUCAUUAAAUGCUGGCACAGUACACACAUCUGUAUCGCAGGUUUAUUGGUUAUGAUGGUAGCUAUACCAGACAUAAUGCAAAUCCUCUGGGUAAGAUGCAUUGACAUUUUUCUAACUAACUGAAGAAUUUUUUAUGUGGUAGCCCCAAGCAAAAAAAUACUGAACUCCACAGAAACAAGUUAGAUAAACCUCUGCAUUUUACUUACAGAAAGAGAAAGCUUAAAGACGUAGAAACUAUUAUAGAAAAACUACAUUGUAAGUUAAAGGCAGCUGAAUACAUGAAACAUUUUAAAAAGUUAAAGCACAAGAUCAUUUCAAACAUCUAUUACACUUUAAUUUUAUUACAUAAUGUAUAAACACCACUUAAAAAAGCAAAGAAUUACAGGUUUAUUUUAGCAGAACACAGAAGUAUGGACUGGCACUAGAUGAAAACAGACCAGGGAUCUGAAUCAGCAGGUAGAAGAGAGACAGAGUUGAUCGACUGCCAGACUAGGCAGAUCAAAUCAGUGUUAAACCAAUGCUCAGUCCUAUCACAGAACACUGCCUAUCAGGUAGACUGUCUGUACUGUACUCCUUUGUAAUAAAGGAUUCUUAAAAAGGAUUUUAUGGUUCCUUAUUAGAAGCUAGCUCUGCUUACUGAUUAUCUGUUACAGAUCUCCGACCCAUCGUCGUCAUUUGAAUCAAGCAUUCACCAGUAAAUGCUUCAACAGAAGUGCAAUUAAAUACAGACACAAAGCCAGUAGAGGCCACUCAUGAGUAGGUCGUGUUUCCAUUUCGCUCAAUAAUGGUUAGGAACUUAACUGAAAUCACCUACUAAAUCCUAAACCCUCUGGCCUUAAACCAGAUCAAACUUAGGGUCUCUGUAGGACUUGAAAACACUGCCUUUUGGUCUCAGCAUUCAAAAUAAGGAAUGACAGGUUUCAGAGGAUGACACCCUACUCAGUCUCCAUUUAAACAUUACAGCACACAAACGUCUCUGAAUAAGUAGGGAACAGAACUUCUGCCAUAAAUUUUAAUCUGUGCAGGUAUUCAAGGACACUAAGUACCUGAAUAUUUAAUCCCAAAUAAGCCCCUGCUCUAACAGUUAGUGGCAAAGUCCUAGGAAGUCCUAAAUUCAUUUCACUUUUUUUUUUUUUUUUUU